UUCUUGGGGCAUCACUCUCGAGAGCUUCUCAUUGUGAAAAAAAGAGACACACGUUGAACACCAAUGCAAGUGAAGGAAAAUAGCAGAGUUCUCAUCGCUGCGCUCCUGCUGCUGUUCGCCCGUUGUGAUGGAAACGCGUCGCAGCCUCAGGGAGACUCACCUCGAGCGUACUGUAUCACCAGCCUGGAGGGAGGGUUGUGUACUCUGUCUGAAACCCAUCUGAAUGGUUCUGGUCCUACCAGACUAGAGGUCCCUGCUGGACAGAGGCUCCUGAUCACCAUGCAGAGCAUCCCAGGAGACCCUGUCUGCAGCUGGAGCCGUGGAGCUGACCCAAAAAGAAGGGGCUAUUCCGUGACCAUACUACAGACCCAUGUGAGUGAUUCUGGAGAGUACACAUUCAGCUGUGAGAGAGGCGGGAUCAACUCCUCUCUGACCCUCUCUCUACUGGUCGUACCUUCGCUGAGACUUCCCACAAAACCACAGCUGAAAUUUAUCCCUGGGAAAAGAGGCUUCUUACCAGACUAUCAGUGUUCUUCAGAGGGAAACCCUAAGCCCAAGAUCAAAUGGUUCAACAACCUUGACAAGACUGGAAAAGGUAAUGAUGGGACAGACAUUCCCUCUACAAUCAAAGAGAGGGCUAACAACAAAGAGAAAAGUAAAAAUUACUACAGGACAGCAGUUAUGUGCUGUGCUAGCAAUUCUCAAGGAGAGGCGUGUUCUCAACUAUAUGAUUACGAUCUGGACCGUGUCAGUGAUGAGAAUGAGAAUGAUGAGGCUCCAGAGAUCACUGUGAGUCCUGGGCAGCCCCUGCUGCUCAGCUGUCGGCAGAAAGAGAACAGCACCACACAGUGGCUGACUGACAACCAGGGACAAGUCUUCAAAUCUCAACUCACAUAUAAAGAAAUAGAUAUGACCUACCUGUUCAUUGAGUCGGUGACAGUGAACCACAGUGGAAUCUAUACAUGCCGGAGCAACAAGAACAAGGUCAAAACCACCCAUGUCCAGGUCCUGGAGAAGGGCUUCAUUUCCAUCGACCAGCUGAAUGAGACCAGUACCAUCUCAGCCCAGGAGAAGCCAGGGUUCUGUCUGCGGGCCCUGGUCUCCUCACACCCUCUCCUACGCUGCCAUUGGCUGGGCCCGGACAGCAGACAGACCCAGUGCCCUGAGCCCACACGGCUCUGGAAGAACAGGACUCUGGAGUUGUGUAACAUAGAGCCAGGAGAGUACCAGUUACACCUGGAGGCUGGGGAGCUGAACCUCACAAAGACCCUCUCUCUGUGUGUGGCAGGUACGUCCACCCCCAGUCUCUUACAGAAUGGAGACAAUAUCACCUGUGAGACCAACACCCCCCUCCCCUUCAACCUCACCUGGAGCUCCUGCUCUUUGACCAAUGACAGCUGUCAGUCAGAGUCUGCAGCCUGGAAGGAGAUCCCUGCCCCACCCCCGAAGCUCUCUGACUCAGACCAGUUCUGCCAUAAGAGGGUUCUCAGCUCCCGGGACAGUACCGAGGUGGGGGACUUUGUCAAGUGCUGCAUCACAAACUCUGUCCACUCACAGUCACACUGCAGUGAGACACUGUUCAACAUACUUGUUAUAUCUGUUCCAUCAGCCUCCUCUCAACUCCUCCUGAAAGUGUCCAGUCUGGUCCUGUUCCUGGCUUUGAUGCUGGUCAGCCUGGCGCUGCUCUACUUCAUCAGGAAGAAGAAACCCCAGUACCAGAGUCAGCUGCAGAUGAUCCAGAUGACGGGGCCUCAUGACAACGACUAAAUCUACAUCAACUUCAAAGACUUCCAGUAUGACCAGAAAUGGGAGUUCCCCAGAGAGAACCUGGAGCUGGGGAAGGAGCUGGGCUCUGGGGCCUUUGGCAUGGUGCUUCAGGCUACAGCCUACGGCAUCAGCAAGCCGGGGGUCUCCCUGCAGGUGGCUGUCAAGAUGCUGAAAGAGAAGCAUGAGACAGUAGAGAAGGAGGCUCUGAUGUCAGAGCUGAAGAUGUUGACUCACAUCGGACAGCAUGCCAACAUCGUCAACCUGCUGGGGGCGUGCACUGGCUCAGGGCCCACGUACCUGAUAUUUCAGUACUGCCGUAACGGGGACCUGCUGAACUACCUGAAGAACAACAGAGAGCUCUACCACAAGUCUCUGACCGAGGCCUUCACCAGGGACCGCUUCAGCGGCCUUUACCACAACCUGCCCAAGAGGAGCUCCAGUGAGUUCCAGAGGCCAGUGGACAGCAUGUACAUCCCAUGUCCCCCACCACCACUAGAGGGUCCAGGGAUCUAUGAGGAGUUAAAUGAGCUGCAGGAGGCGGAGGAGGAGGAGGAGGAGGAGGAGGAGGAGGAGGAGGAGACGCUGACCUACGACGACCUGCUCAGCUUCUCCUAUCAGGUGGCCAAGGGCAUGGACUUCCUGUCCUCCAAACACUGUAUCCAUCGGGACCUUGCGGCCAGGAACGUGUUGGUGACUCAGGGUGGACUUGUAAAGAUCGGGGACUUUGGACUGGCCCGGGACAUCGACAACGACUCCAACUACGUAGUGAGAGGAAAUGUGCGUCUGCCAGUGAAGUGGAUGGCUCCAGAGAGUAUCUUCCAGGGGAUGUACACCAUGCAGAGCGAUGUCUGGGCCUAUGGUAUCCUGCUGUGGGAGGUCUUCUCUCUGGGUGUGACCCCUUACCCAGGGAUAAAGGUGGACAACAACUUCUAUGUGAUGAUAGAGAGAGGUUUUAAGAUGGAGCAGCCAUACUACGCCAGUGAAUCUGUGUAUUCGAUCAUGUGUAAGUGCUGGGCCUUGGAGCCUCGGGACCGCCCUCACUUCUCCAAGCUGGUGGCCUUCAUGGACGACCAACUGGCCGACAUGGAGGAGAAGCUCUACCAUAACAUCCUGGACAAGAGCUGCAAUCAUGCAUUAUACCAGAAUGCACCUGUGAAAUCUGAUCUCUCAGCCUUGGCCAAAGAAAAGGAUCUUCAAGCAKAGUCACAGAACCAAUACUGCAAGACCCACUCCACUGGAGAGGCCCCAACAACAACAACCACAACACUGUCUGACAUGGUUGCCAUGGAGACUGAUGAUGAUGACAAACCACUGAAACCAUGUCAGUGAGAGCAGUGGCCUAUCUUUCUAAUUCUUCUAUGCCAUAAGGAUUUCUCAUAUUAUAUCCUAGUAGUGUAUAUUUGUAUAAUGCUGUGGAUUUCAAAUGCACUGAUGACUUGCUUUAUCCAAAUAUGUUUAACAAUGAAUAUGUCAAUUAAAACUGUUUUUGUAUCAAAGGCUAGCUCUGUCACUGUAGGAAUUGAUAAAGUAAUAUUUAACAUUGUAACAUAGUAAUGGAUGUCAAAUUUAACACAACCUGUUUUUGUGAACAUAUUAUACACUGUGUGCAACUAAUUCAAUAUUAAUCAUGUUAUUACUGCUUUUGGAGAAGAGAUAUUUCAAUAAUUUUGACAGCUGGAUUAUUCUGUCUUUUCUUUUCUGUGUGAAGUUAUUUUUUAUUAAUAACAAUGAUUUAGUUUURGGUAUGUUUGUCCAUCUGAGUUCUGGAAAUUAUUCAAAUAUUUGAAAUAAAGUAUUUGAAAUUA